GCAGGUUUUCUCGUGUAGGGGCUCUCACCAGCCAAUAAAGCUCGAAACUUUCUUUCAAGAUCACUCACGCAUUUCACUCGUCUUCCCACUUCCCUUUUGAACAAUCUAACAGACUCACUAAACCAUUUCUAAUCUUCACUCCAACUCCCAAAAUUUCGGUACUUCCAACUCCAAAACCUCAAAAAAUACCACUUUUGUUCUGCUUAUCUACUCUGAUUGGCUUUCUCACUCUAAAACCAAUAUUGGUUCUUCGACAUCUGGCUACUUGGAUCAUUAUCCAGAGUCUCUCAAUUUGCCGAAAACCCUUUACCACAUUUCCUAAGGUUGAUGACUUGAGCAUGUGAUUAAGUGUCACUUAAUCAUAUCUUUGUGUGAUCUACACUUUACCGGGUGACUUUGAAUUACAGUUCUCACUUUACGGGGAUUUGGGUUUACAGGUGUGUUUGUGUUUGUGUUUGAGUAGUUAAUUACUGAUCAGUUACAAGCCGUAUCAGUGAGACAACUUUGAAAUGGAUUCUUUGUGUGUGACCUUGAAACCAAACACCCAUUUGAGAAAACCAACUCAGGGUGGUCUUUGUAAUGGGGCUAAUGGUUUUUUGGGUGAGAGGAUCAGAGAGAGUUUUAGUAACAGGGUUUGGGAAAAUCGGGUGUCCAAGGCUUUGAGAACUGAGAAGAGUGUCAACAAGGCAAGACCUGGUGUUGUUCGUUCUGUUCUGACAUCGAAGGACCUGGAGGAGGCUAUGACCCUGAAAGUCCAGACUUACCACAGACGAAGAGUAGACCCCAAGAAUGUUGCUUCGAUCAUAUUAGGAGGAGGGGCAGGGACUCAACUCUUUCCUCUUACCAGCAGAGCAGCAACACCCGCAGUUCCGGUUGGUGGAUGCUACCGGCUUAUAGACAUUCCGAUGAGCAAUUGCAUCAACAGCAACAUAAAUAAAAUUUUCGUGCUAACCCAGUUUAAUUCCGCUUCUCUCAAUCGACACCUUGCUCGCACCUAUUUUGGACAUGGUAUCAACUUCGGGGAUGGAUUUGUGGAGGUUCUGGCAGCCACUCAAACACCUGGGGAAGCGGGAAUGAAUUGGUUCCAAGGAACAGCAGAUGCUGUGAGGCAAUUUGUAUGGUUAUUUGAGGAUGCUAAGAAUAGCAAUGUUGAAAAUAUACUGAUUUUGUCUGGUGAUCAUCUUUAUCGAAUGGACUAUAUGGACUUUGUGCAGAGUCACGUUGAUAGCAAUGCAGAUAUCACACUUUCAUGUGCAGCUGUGGGUGACAGCCGUGCAUCUGAUUAUGGAUUGGUGAAGAUAGACAGCAGAGGUAGAAUCAUCCAGUUUGCUGAAAAACCAAGGGGAGCUAAUCUAAGAGCAAUGCAAGCAGAUACAACACUUCUUGGACUGUCUCCACAAGAUGCUCUAAAAUCCCCAUAUGUUGCAUCGAUGGGAGUGUAUGUAUUUAAGACGGAAAUUUUACUAGAGCUUCUGAAAACGAGAUAUCCAACAUCGAACGACUUUGGAUCUGAAAUAAUUCCUGCAGCAGUGAAAGAGCGCAAUGUCCAAGCAUAUAUAUUCAGAGACUACUGGGAGGACAUUGGACGUAUAAAGUCUUUUUAUGAUGCUAACUUGGCCCUCACUGAAGAGUUUCCGAAGUUUCAGUUUUAUGACCCAAAGACACCUUUCUUCACCUCUCCUCGGUUCUUACCACCAACCAAGAUUGACAAGUGCCGGGUUGUGGAUGCAAUAAUCUCACAUGGAUGUUUCUUGCAAGAAUGUCUUGUCCAACGUUCAAUAGUGGGUGAACGCUCACGGUUAAAUUAUGGUGUUGAGCUCAAGGAUACCAUAAUGAUGGGUGCAGACAGUUACCAAACUGAACCUGAGAUUGCAGCUUUGCUUGCACGUGGGAAGGUCCCAAUUGGUAUUGGAAGGAAUACAAAGAUCAGGAAGUGUGUAAUCGACAAGAAUGCAAAGAUUGGAAAGGACGUGAUGAUAAUGAACAAAGAUGGCGUUCAAGAAGCAGACAGGCCAGAAGAGGGGUUCUACAUCCGUGAGGGAAUUGUUAUUGUUGUGGAGAAGGCAACAAUAGAAGAUGGAAAAGUUAUAUAAAUGGAUCGUACUUUCUCAAGUACAAUGACAGCGCGUGGUUAUAGUUGGUUUUGGCAAAAGAACUGGAAAAUCAGUGUGCAUUGGCAGCUAGGGGAUAGCUUCUGCCAGAUUUUGUCUUUAGAUAGGCAAGUAUCACGUUUCAGUUCUUCCUGUACUUUCAACUAGAAACAUCCUUCAGUUCUUGUAGAAUGAGGAACAUAUAAGACAUUAAGUUCCGCGAGAUGUACAAAAAUAAGUUAAGAGGGCGGACACGGUGGUUGCUUUCAAUCCUUUGUAGAGGCUUUCAGUAUUAAUAUUCAUUGAGCUAGUUUGGCAAGUAAUUUUUAUCA